UUGAGAGUGGCGGAGGCCGAGGAACGACGGGAGAGUCCGGUCGUAGUGAAGAACGUCGAGCGCGCGGCCGGCGACUGGCAGCCCAACUAGCCACACAGCCUCUCCGGCCGCGUGUGCGAGGGCGGAGGGCGGGGUUCGAGACCUGCGGCGGCGGGAGAUGCGGGCGGCUGCAGGCACGCGGUUGGCUCGGCUCGGCCGCCACCGCCUUCUCGGGCUCCGGCGCGGGGGUCGCCGAUGUUGCCGCGCCGUCCUUGAGUUGCCAGCGCGAGGAACGGUCGGCGGCAGAGUCUAGCACCGCGUUCAAGGUCGAGAAGGAUUCCUGCAUCCUCUCUGCCCAUUGCUAUGGACAGUGCCAUCACUCUGUGGCAGUUCCUUCUUCAGCUCCUGCAGGAGCCUCAGAAUGAGCACAUGAUCUGCUGGACAUCUAACAACGGGGAGUUCAAGCUUCUGCAGGCUGAGGAGGUGGCUCGUCUCUGGGGGAUUCGCAAGAACAAGCCUAAUAUGAAUUAUGAUAAGCUCAGCAGAGCCCUGAGAUACUACUAUGUAAAGAACAUCAUUAAAAAGGUGAAUGGUCAGAAGUUUGUGUACAAGUUUGUCUCUUAUCCAGAGAUUUUGAAAAUGGAUCCACUGACGGUAGGCAGGAUUGAGGGAGACUGUGAAGCUUUAAAUUCCACUGAAGCCAGCAGUUCCAGAGAUGCUGAGAGUGGAGGAAAGGAGAGGCCACCUCAGCCUGGAGCCAAGACAUCUAGUCGCAAUGACUACAUACACUCUGGUUUGUAUUCUUCAUUUACGCUCAACUCUUUGAACACCUCCAAUAAGAAGCUUUUCAAGUCAAUAAAGAUAGAGAAUCCAGCUGAAAAACUGGCAGAGAAAAAAGCUCAGGAGCCAACACCAUCUGUCAUCAAAUUUGUAACAACGCCUGCCAAAAAGCCUCCCACUGAACCUGUUGCUGUUACCUUUUCAACAAGCCCAAGUAUUUCUCCGUCUUCUGAAGAAACUAUCCAAGCUUUGGAGACACUGGUUUCUCCCACACUACCUUCUCUGGAAGCGCCAGCCUCUGUAUCCAUUCUGGCAACCACUUUUAACCCUACUUCUCCAGUCCCAUCCAUACCCCUUCCUCUAAAGGAGCCCCAGAGGACACCUUCUCCACCAUUGAGUUCUAACCCAGACAUUGACACAGACAUUGAAUCAGUGGCUUCUCAGCCAAUGGAACUUCCAGAGAACUUGUCACUGGAGCCUAAAAAUGAGGAUUCAGCUUUGCCAGAAAAGGACAAAACAAAUAACUCAAGAUCCAAGAAGCCCAAAGGGUUAGAACUGACGCCAGCCCUUGUGGUCACAGGCAGUGACCCCAGCCCCUUGGGGAUCUUAAGCCCAUCUCUCCCAACAGCGUCUCUUACACCAGCACUCUUUUCACAGACACCCAUCUUGCUGACUCCAAGCCCCUUGCUCUCCAGUAUCCACUUUUGGAGCACUCUCAGCCCAUUUGCUCCCCUGAGCCCAGCCAGACUGCAAGGUGCUAAUACGCUUUUCCAGUUUCCUUCUGUACUGAACAGUCAUGGACCAUUCACUCUCUCUGGCCUAGAUGGACCUUCCACUCCUGGCCCAUUUUCUCCAGACCUGCAGAAGACAUAACCAGUGCAGUUGUGGACUAAGAGACCAAGAAACCAAGAGACAGAGACAUCCAACAUGAUUGGGUUUGAAAUGAGGGAUAGUUCUGCAGUGCUUAUAAUAGACUGUUGUUUUUCCAUUUCCUGUUGAAAGCCUUUUCAGGAUUCUCAAAUGUUGGACUGUAUAAAAAUGCCUUAAUUGGA